CAAUUAGCAAACCCAUCUUCAAACAUUGGCAAUAAGAACAUUUUGCAAUUUGCUAUCAGUAUCAAAGACAGAGGAGGAGAUCCAUUGCCACAGACGCAUUCACUUGCUGAAGCCAAAGUUAUUUGACUUGCCAUCUCAACUGCUGCGCCCUUCUUUCAGUGUGUUAAUAAUUGUCAAGCAAAAGAAGACGGAUCAACAACAACAACAUCAAUUGAACAAUUCGAAUAAGCAGCUGUUGGUGGCAAAUUGUGUGAAUUGUGAUGGAGCGUAAAGAUCUCAAGCAGCAGCUGGAAGAGGAUAAUGUCAUCAUUGAGGAUGCAAAUGCCAAUAAAUCUGGCAAAGCAACGUUGCCCAGUGAUCCGGAUACACUGGUCACUGGCCGGUUGAAGACAAAAAGACCGAAGCGUCCUCGCAUGAGUGCCACGACCACUAUAAAGAAGUCUGAUGCAGAUGUACUCAAUGUGGCGCAAUUGACUGGGGAUCUGAGCAAGCCACUCACAUUGCCCGUCCUGCACGGUGGGAUGCGGAACAGUGAUCUGCCCACGAUAUCCAGCGCAACGCUUGCUCGUCUGUUGCGCGGUGAUUUCUUCAAAUUGGUGUCUAAUAAUUAUCAGAUUAUCGAUUGUCGCUAUCCGUAUGAGUUCCAUGGCGGCCACAUACGUGGUGCCCGCAAUCUGUACACCCACGACCAGAUCAGGGCUGCCUUUCCGGCGGAAGCAUCCAUAGUGGCUCGCAAUAGCAUCUAUGUAUUCCACUGUGAAUUCUCGUCGCAUCGUGCUCCGACUCUGAUGCGGUUCCUGCGCACCACUGAUCGCAAUGCGCAUACCGAUGACUAUCCACUGUUGGACUAUCCGGAGCUGUAUCUGCUCUACAAGGGCUACAAGGAGUUCCAUACCAGUUACACGAAUCUCUGUAAUCCGAACAAUUAUGUGCCCAUGCUGGCGCCAGAAUACACAAAGGAAUGUACUCUGUUUUAUGGCAAAACCAAGCCAAAGAAUUGUGGAGACAACUGCGCUGUCUCCUUAAAACGCGCACGCUUCCUGCUCGAACCCCGCUCCCGUCCGCUCUUUGACGAUUCUAAUUUGGAGCCCGCACAUAAGUCAAAAAAAUAUUAAUUGGAUGCAAAUUAGUUUAGUUUCGUUUGUUUGUAGAAGGAAAUAAUUCAAUGUUGGUGCAGCUCUUG